AUGAACCAAUCCACAAAUCAAAAUAUUAUUUGUCGAUUCCAAAGGCCUAGUCGAUCUCAUAGCCGGUUCCAAAGAAUCCUAAGACGACCUCGAAGGUCUCGACCUCAAAACACUAUGAAUUCAUCUAUUUUAAAUAUUGGAAGACGUAUCCGAUCUCGACCUCAAAACAAUAUAAAUCCAUCCACUAAUGAUUCCGUUGCCAUCCAACGAUAUACCGUUUUCGUCGAAGGUUUUAAUCCAUUUAUCGAGUUACAAGUUGCAGAAAUUCCACUGCAGAACACUCAAUUUCAAACUGCACUAUUAUUGG